UUAAAGUUUUGACCAAAGUAAUAAUAAUAAUAAUAAUGGCAAGGUGAGCACAGAAUGAUUGCGGUCCUGUCCUGGUCCCAGGUUAAAUCUCAGUGUCUGUCAUUACUGUACCUCAACACUGCACUCACCCCCCACUUCCGGUGGUGGUUGUAAUUAAAUGAAAAUAUUCCGCUUAUGAAGCUGGCCCUCUGUGUUUUCGCUUUGCAGAUUCCUGGGUGGAACUUGUCUGAGGGAGAGAAUGCAUCUCUAGCAACUGGAUCACCCUUGAGAAAGCUCAUAAAGCACAGCACCCCUGAAGACAGCAAGCUGAGCCACAGCAUGAGGCCCCUGGGAGAGAUUUCCUCCCUGAGUAAUGGGGGGCGUGCGGAGGCAUCCCCAAUGCCUACACAUUCCUUCCAGGACCUCUCAUCCCACCUGACAGGGCUGAGCUUCAAAGCCUCCUUUAGGCAGAGGAGGCUGUCCACUGUCUCAGCCUCCAAGGAGUACAGUGGCCAGUUAGGGCCUGACGGGGGCCUAUUAGCUCCUGAGGAAGAACCACCCACCUCCACCACAUCAUCCACAAAGCAGAAGAGCGUGUCUCCCCGAGCACAGAGCAGGCCUGUGGGGUGGCCUGGGAUUUCCAACACCAACAGGGCUAGAAGGAAUAAAAGGGACCUGAAGAAGAAGGCGGCAGUGAUGGAGAGAGUGAGGCAGUGGGAAGCCCGCCUGCUUCAGAACAUUGAAGAAGCUGUCCAUUAUGAGCUAACCAUCGAACCUGAGUGAGCACUUCCCCACAAUAAAGUUCAUUUGCUCAGAAA